UCAACUAGAGCCUGCGUUGGUUAAUUUUGUCUCUCUUCAAUUCUUUUAUUUUUUUACUAGAUUUUAAACUCAAAAAAACCUUAAAACCAGAGUACUAUUUACUUAUUUUCAACAAUUUAGGAACUGAAACUCACAAACAUGUCAACAAGCACCCAAGUGGUGGUUCUCGACAACGGCGGAGGUCUAAUCAAAGCAGGAUUCGGCGGCGAACGCAACCCCUCCGCCAUUCUCCCCAACUGUCUCCACAAACCCCUCGCCUCCAAAAAAUGGCUCCACCCAAAUCCCCUCAACACCCCCGCCUCCGCCGACCAAGACCUCACCUCCGCCUCCGUCCGCCGUCCCAUGGAUCGCGGCUACCUAAUAAACCCCGACCUCCAGCGCGAAAUCUGGUCCCACCUCUUCACCUCCAUCCUUCGCAUAAACCCUUCCCAAUCCUCCCUCCUCCUCACCGAACCCCUCUUCUCUCUCCCUUCCAUCCAACACUCCCUUGACGAACUCGUCUUUGAAGAUUUCAACUUCACCUCCCUCUACGUCGCUGACUCCCCUUCCCUCGUUCAUCUCUACGAAACCAGCCGCAGCCCUAACGGCCUUCUCUCUAAAGCACAAUGCAGUCUCGUCGUCGAUUGCGGUUUCUCCUUCACGCACGCUUCACCUGUCUUUCAAAACUUCACUCUCAACUACGCGGUUAAGCGAAUCGAUUUAGGUGGAAAAGCCCUAACGAACUACCUCAAGGAACUUAUUUCCUUUCGCUCUGUUAAUGUCAUGGAUGAAACCUUCAUCAUUGACGAUGUUAAGGAGAAUCUCUGCUUUGUUUCUGUUGAUGUCCCAAGACACCUUGACAUUGCUAGAAAGAGUGGAAGAGAGAAUCUCUUGAGGUGUACUUAUGUGCUACCUGAUGGUGUCUCGCACACAAAAGGGUUUCUUAAAUAUCCUGAACAAGCUAAGAGGUAUCUUGUUCCUGAUUGUAAGAAGGAGAAUAUCGAUGAUCACGAGGAAAUUCCUCAACAACAGCAUGAGAACAAUAGACAGAAAGUUGAUUUGACCAAAAAUGAAUUUGACUUGACCAAUGAACGGUUUCUUGUCCCAGAGAUGAUUUUCCGUCCAGCUGAUUUGGGAAUGAACCAGGCUGGGCUUCCAGAUUGUAUCGUACGAGCAGUAAAUGCCUGCCAUCCGCACCUCCACCCCGUACUCUAUGAAAGCAUCAUUUUAACUGGUGGGAGCACCUUGUUUCCUCACUUUGCUGAGAGACUAGAGAAGGAGCUUCGGCCUUUGUUUCCUGAUGACUAUAAUGUGAAGAUAACUACACAAGAAGAGUGUUUGGCGUGGAGGGUCUCUCCUGGCAUCAAGUCCCGAUUUUGAUUCAAUGUGUGUGACUAAGGCUGAGUAUGAGGAGCAUGGUUCUGCUAGAUGUCGCAAGAGAUUUUUUCAUUGACAAUGCAUGCUACAAAUGCAGAUAUGCAAAUAUGUACACUAACAUGUACUGUUUAGUUGUUGAGAUUCAUACAGCUAAUCCAUACAAAUGGCACUUAGGAGAGAUUGCCAAUGGAAAAAGUAUGCAAAUUGAGUCGCCCCGGUUUCUUGGAACAAAGGUGUGAAGUUUGGAUGACAUACAUUUUUUCAAGCAUCAUGAUGCUGGUCGACUGGUAUUGGAUCUGUUUGCGAAGGAUAGUAACUUCCAUUCUAUAUGGGAGUAUGGCGUGCUUUUGAAGUGCCAACUAGGGCCUAUCUCUCUCAAAAUCACCAGGAUGGUAACUUCUCUUUUAAAUUGUUGUCAAAGACCAAAAUGUCUCUUUUAAAUUAUUGUUGCAAAAAUUCAAUUCUCUCUGUUAAAACAUUGUCAUUAGGAAAAAUUAACAAUUUUAUAGUGAGUUAGGUAGGAAUUAACAUUGUCAUUGGUUUCUAUUUUAAUUUAACAAUUUUUUUUUGUUGCUAAAACUGAACAGAUAGUAAUAAAAAGGCGCAUAAUAAAUUUCACCGCAUGAAAUCUGAUUAAGUUUGAACAAUAAUAAAUUUUACUGGAUGUUGAGUUUGAACAAUUUUAUGCAACUAAUUAACUAAUUGAUAUUUAUUAUCGGCAAUAUUGAGAAAAAUAUGUGAAGGUAAAAGAUCUUUUGUAAGAUGAAUUCUACCGUAAUCUGAAAGUUGUUACAACUUGCAAUAGUUUUCAUUAUGUAGAAACAUAAGUUUUUUCUAGUGAGUGACUAAAUAAUGAUAAGUUUAUGUUUAUUAAUGACGCGUU